CCGCCUUGCCGGCAUAACCGAAAAUGCUUAGCGUUAUUUGCUGUUGUUUGCCUCACAUCUGAUAUGAUCUAAAGAACCGAUCUCUCGAUAUAUCUCAACGUUUUUUUAGUUUACGUUGUCGUUUUUCCAUUUUCAACGGUGUAGGUAGAGAGAUCAUAAUGACAUAAAAGACGUUCGACGAAGAACUUGAUCGUGAAAUCUACAUCUGAUUGUUUAUUACGAUUCUAACCACAAACAAUUCGUUGGUUUUCCAAAUUCGUAUAAAAAUGAAUAUAGUUUGCGUGAUAUGUAGUGAGUUAUUAACACCAUCCGACGAUGUGUUCCACACACCGUGCGGACACAUUUUUCACUUCCCAUGCUUAAUGCAGUGGCUUGAAAGAUCAAAAACUUGUCCACAAUGUCGGGAAAAGACAACGGAUGGCAAGAUACAUAGGAUAUAUUUUAAUUUCUCAAACAGUGAUAGUAUCGUGGAAGAUGCUACGUCUCUGCAGCAUAGAAUUGACAAUUUGCUUUUCCAGUUAAAGCUGAAAGAUACAAAUCUCAAUAAUCUUACAGACUCCAAUAAACAAUUGGAGACUAAGACAACUGGCUUGAGACAAGAAGUUCGAAAACUUGAAAGCGAAAUAAAAAGUAAAGAUAGUGCAAUUCGUGCGCUUAAAGAGCAAACCAAAUUUUUACAGCAACAAUGUUUAGAUGCAGAUAAUUAUAAAAGAGAAAACAAACAUUUGAAAGAAAAUCUUCAAAAUUUAAAAAAUGUACAGGACCUCAUAAAUAUUUCUGUUGAUGAAGUAGAUGAUGUAAUAAUGAUGACAAGUGAUAGUUCCAAACUUGUAACAUACAUAGCAGUAUUAAAAAAAGAAUUGUCAGUUAUGUCAAAGAAGAGCAAAGAAAUUAGAGAGAGAUAUAACAGUUUGAAUCAAAAUUAUAGUCGGAUCUCUGCAAAAAACAAGACUUUAUCAGAAGAACAUACUAAACGAAAAGAAUUGGAAAAACAAUUAAUGAAGUGUGAAAGUGAGAAAAUAUUUUUACAAACACAGCUUCUUGAGAUGAAGAAAGAUUCACGUAAAUGCAUCUGUAAUACAUUUCAAAUAUCUUCGGAAAAACAUGACAGUUUAAAAGCAGAGCAUGAAACUAUAGAAUCUACUGCAACAAUGAACGAGUCUUUCACUAAACUUGAAGACCGUUUAAAACUAAAAAAUAAUGACAGUUUUGUUACUAUAGAUUCAGAUAAUUUCGAGAAUACUCCCGAGAGCAUAAAAUCAUUGGAUUUCUUUCCGAUAAGAAAUCGUAUUAAAAGACAAAAAUCUAGUAACAAUUUGCAAGUACCUUCGAUACUUAUGAAAAAAUCGAGAUUUGAACAAUCAACUCAAAAGUCUGCUCGUGGUAGUGGUAUGAGUUUUGAUGGCUUUGGAGGGCAUGCCAAAUAUGAUAAAUUUCCUAAUCCAGUUUCUAGUUCGCACAUAAAAAAAGUCAGAGAUGAUUUAAAGAAAAUUAAAAAACCGAAACUUGACACAGUUGCGUCGAGGAUGCACAGCAGGAAUGCUCACUGACCAUUCGCGCUACGUCCUCCGCGCGUUGCCGAUCGAUUCGGGCCUGCCCGUGUCCGUCCGUGCCCGCUAGUCUCCGCACCGUUUCGAUCAGAUCGUCGAGAGAGACUCGAUUGUCGCCGUCGAAGUCUGAAAAUGAAGAUGAUCAGCGGUGAUUGCUGUUUGCAUCCACACACUCGAAACGGACGAGUUACGAGUACGCGCGUGUGGAUGUACAACGUUGACGAAUAAAAUUGACAUCGCAAAAGAUAGAGAAGAAUUACAAUCAAUAUAUGGAAAAUAAAACAUAUCUUUUCGAGAUUGGUUUGAAAUUUUUAGGACAAAAUUUUUGAUGAUAAGUUGAUUAAGAAUUGAAUUGAAUAAUUAUUUGGAUUGGUUUGGUUAAAAUUAUAUUUAUUUAUGUUUAAAAGAAAAUUUGCAAAACAUUUUGAAUUCUUAAAAAUAAUCUUCAGAAUUUUUUUCUCAUAAAUGCUGUAAAUUAGUGUUAUAUCAUAUGAUAUAAAAAGUGACUUAUUUCCUGUCAAACUAUGUCACAUUAUGCACGGUGAAAACAAGAUAUUUAUUAUAAACCAAGGAGAUAUAUUUGAAAUUUAAAUAACAUCUCUCGGAUUUAAAGAUCGUGUAAAAUGACACUUUCCAUACUGCACAACACGAUCCAAUUUAUCUGAAUGGAGUCGCAGGUUACAUCGGCAAAUUGCUGCGAGAGGCGCGUUUCCAUUUCUACAGUAAUUGACAUGAGCCCAUGAAAUUAAACGAUCUCGAUUAACGAAAUCGACUGCGAACCGCCGUUUAUCAUUGUGUGAAUGCUUGACAACACUUGACAAACUUGUGUAUCGUUUACAUAUUAUCAUAAUUAUAACAUGUUAUAUUGUUUAUAUUUAUAUUUGGUUAAUUAAAUCAAAUUAGUCGCUAUAUUUAUGAGACACAAUAUAUUUUUUAAGAAGCCUUUAAAUCGUUUUAUCCAAGAAGUCCUACACAUUGAAUAAAAUGUGUAUACACUUUGAGAAAA